UCCUUAAGCAAUGUGCUCAAGUCUCCUACAUACACAAGGUGAAAUGCUUUCAAGUUGACGUUGAAUUCUUUCCAAAGCAAAUCUUACUCAAACUUCCAGCCUCAUCCUUCGCUGAAUAGAACGUUUCACGCCAUGCCCCGCACUGCCCUCAUCCUCGCUGCUGGUCCUGGGAUUGGCGCUCAUUGCAUCUCCCUCUUUCGCGCCGCAGGAUACAACGUUGUCGCGGCUUCGCGCAGCCGGCAGGAAAGCCUCAGAGCACCCAAUCAUUUAGACUUGCAUCUGGACCUCUCCAAACCAGACACUCUCCCCGAGCUCUUCGCGAAAGUGAGAGAGCACUUUGAGCAUCCGAGCGUGGUCAUAUACAAUGGCUUCGCGAGGACGCUGGUGCCAGCGGAGAAUCCAUUGGGCUCCAUUUCGCAGGAAUGCAUUGAGCACGACAUGGCGGUCAAUAUCACUAGUGCAUUGAUUGCGGGUCGAGAGGCUGUCAACGGGUGGGAGCAGGCUGGAGGUCAGGCAAACGGGACUUUCAUCUACACUGGCAAUAAGCAGAAUGUCAUGGCCGAUCCCAAGGCGCUCACAUUUGGGAUGGCCAAGUGUGCCGCGGCAAAGAUGAUGUGGGAUUGCUCUGUAGCGUAUGCGCAACGCGGGUUCAGGUUUUAUUUCACGGAUCAGCGCAAGGCCGACGGCUCUCCCGCGAGAGAGAUGAUGGAUCCCAUGGCACGUGCAGCGCUGUAUGUCGAACUGGCAGCAGAUGGCGGACAGCAACCGUGGCAUUAUACCUUUGUAAAAGGCAUUGGCUAUGUUGAUUUCCGGUCGAAAGACAAUGCUUGACAGUUUCGAGCCUUGGGCGCAAGGUUGGCUGCAUCAAGUCUCUGAUUGGUAGUAGUGUGAAGCAGAAUGUAUAUUUAGGUUGUUGCAUAAUUAUGACCGGCGGCGGCAGGAGCCGCGUCUGACGUAGCG